AUGGAUGAUACUUUUCAUAUUAUAGCUUCGGUUAACCCUGAAUUUCUCUGUCCAGAAGUGUGCAUAAAAACACUCCAGGAUACAUCUUCUGAUGAGGAAAGUACACCAAAAGACGAGGGGGGGUCAGAAUUCAGGGAUGGUUCUGAUAUGUGCCAACCCGUUCUUAGGCUUGUGGAUGAAGAAAACCUACUCGUUCUCCCUCCCGAAGACCAAGAAGAGAAAAGUGAGGUUGAUACAACACUGUACGACGAUCGUAGUGACGUCAGAACGCCAUCAAGCGUGAUAAAUAAACCGGAAACCCCACAUAAAUCACCAGAAACAGCUGAAGGUCAAGUUUGCAAGAAAAAAAAGAAAAAGAAACAUCUCAUAGUCAAUCUUUCAAACUGUAAAUAUGAAUCAGUACGUAGAGUCCUGAAACGAUUUGGCUUCCGAGAGACUGAAGAUGACGAAGAUUGGUGUCUCUAUUGGACCGAUUAUUCAGUUACUAUUGAUAAGGUUCUGGUUAUGAAACAGUGGCAGAAAAUAAAUCAUUUUCCAGGAAUGUCUGAAAUUUGUCGGAAAGAUAGUUUAGCGCGUAAUUUAAACAGAAUGAUCAGAUUAUUUCCUAAAGACUAUAAUAUAUUUCCGAAAACUUGGUGUCUUCCAUCAGAUUGGAAUGAUAUCCAAAAUUAUGCUAAAAAGCAUAAAAGUAAAACAUUUAUUAUAAAACCAGAUAAUGGAUGUCAAGGUCGUGGUAUCUAUAUCACUAAAAAUGCUAAAGAUAUUCGACCAGUGGAAAAUAUGAUUUGCCAAGUGUACAUAUCUAAGCCUUUUCUUAUCGAUGGAUAUAAAUUCGACUUGAGAAUUUAUGUUCUGCUUACUUCAUGUGACCCACUACGUUUAUUUGUAUUUAAAGAUGGCCUAGUACGUUUUACUACAUGUUCUUAUAUUGAACCAAAUCAACGUAAUGUACAUGACAUGUAUAUGCAUUUAACAAAUUAUGCUGUACAAAAACAUAGCGAAGGCUAUAUCAGAGAUAAUGAAGAAGGAGGAACAAAACGCCGAAUUACAACGCUUAAUCGAUGGUUUAAAGAUAAUGGUUAUGAUGUGAAAAAGAUUUGGGAAGACAUAGAUGAUGUGAUCAUUAAAACAUUACUAUCUGGUUAUGCUAUAAUUAGACAUAAUUAUCGAACUUGCUUUCCAAAUCAUAUUCAAACAUCAGCAUGUUUUGAAAUUCUUGGCUUUGACAUAAUAUUCAACCACAGAUUAAAGCCAUAUGUUCUUGAAGUGAAUCAUUCACCAAGUUUUACUACAGAUAGUAAAUUAGAUAAAGAAAUUAAAGAAGCUAUGCUAUGGGAUACUGUACAACUUGCACAUUUCAAUGCAGUUAGUAAAAAGAAAUGUUGUGAUGAAGAAAGAAAACGCAUUCGAAAUCGUUUAUUACAUAAAAAUAUUGAUAAAGAUCAUAGAUGUUCACUCGAACGUGAUAUUGAAAGAUAUCAAGCACUAAGUGAAAAAUAUGAGAAUAGCCAUAUGGGUAAUUUUCGUCUGAUUUAUCCAUCAAGCGAUUUGGAAAAAUAUUCACAAUUUCUCAAUCCAACUGCAACAUUUUAUCAGGAAACAGUAACUUACAAAGUAAGAAGUGAAUGUGCAAGACAACUAAGAGAAGAAAUAAGACUUAAACAAGAAAAAUUGGAUUUAAUUGCAAAUAAACAUAAGCAUAGUCAAUCUGAAAGUCCAGCUCCCAAAAGACUAAGAAUUAAAAUAAACACUGGAUUAUUAUCUCAGCAAUUAAUAAAGUCAGUUAACAAUGAUGAAAUAAUCAAUAAUUCUAAUCAAUUAAUACCCAUAAAUAAAGUGGAUUUUAUUGUCAAUAACAAACAAAAUAAUCAGGAGGAACAAAGGAAACCUGAUAAAUGUUUAGAAGUCUCUACAGAAGGAAAACAAGAAAAGGACAGUAAUGAUAACCACUCUGAUAAUCAGGCAUUGAUUAAGUCUACGUUAAACAAUGUCGAACUUUGUAUAAAUACUAAAUUGCCACAACCUAUACUUGAUAAUGAAGAAGCUGAACGUAGAAAUGAAUUAAAAAGACGAGAAGAUCAAAUGCACAAAAUAGGUUUAAUUUCAAUGCUUUAUGAAUUAUUUGCACAUUCACAUUCUUUAAAAUACAAAGACAAAAAAGAAUUUAACGAAUUAUAUUUAGAUAAUAAUACCAAUACAGAACAAAACUGUACAGGACAUCGACAAUCACAACAGAAAGCAGAUAAAAAGAAGGAAAGAGAACUGAAUGUUCUAAAACCAACAGCUUCAUGGAAAAAUCGUACACAGUUAUCAGGAAGACAAAAGUACUGGAUUAAGAAUCAAGAACAUGAAAACUCUGCUAAAGAAAAACCAGAUAUCAUACAUGAUACAAAAAUAACUCCUGUAGUAUGGGAUAAUCCAAUUGAGAAAAACAAACCGUCGCUUGUUCCAGUAGCGAAUCAAUGUUGUAAUAAUUAUUUUGUACGACUGAAUGGAAGUCGUUGUAUUAACUCAGCUCAACCAUCCAUAAAUAAUCUUACUUUUGGUGCGUUUCCAUCUCAUCAAUUUCAUAAGAUACAUCAGCAAAAAUCCCAACAAUCUUACCGUGUACAUUCCGGUAAUCUUUGUGACGGAGGAAUACAUUCAAACUCUUCAAUAAUAAAUCCAACCAAUGGUCAGACAAUUCAAAAUUUACCAGUGAAUCUUGAUAGUCAAUCAUUUUAUCAAGAUUGUAAUGAUACAAAUUUUACUGGUAAGAAAAGUCAUCAAUCAGUAAAAAAUUCGUCGUUUGAAAGUAUAUGUAAUCCGAUUCACAUAUCUUUACGAAUAAAUGAAAAUUAUGGUUUCCUACCUUCAAGAAGUAUUCGAUCUAAUUCAGCGGUAAAAUCAGAAUACAUCUUCACAGACUUGACUAGUUGUAGUAACAAUAGUAAUAAUAUUACUACAAGUAAUUCCCAGAAUACUUCAAGACAGCAUAGCCAUAAUUCCUCUAGCAAAAAAGCAUCUAAUGACUCUGAAAGUGUUAAAACAGCGGAAAAAUAUAAAACCCCACUACCUACACUGGUCAAUCCUCGUGUGAACACAUCCCAUAACAGCCAUGGUCCGCAGUUAAUAAUCAAUGGUUUAAUGCCAGUUGUCUCGUCGGCGAAAUUAAAUCGAGUUACUAAGAGAACUUCAAACCAAGAAUAUUACCGAACAGUUUUAAAUGAAUGA